GCCCCGCCCCCUCCGUUUGCACACGGCCCCUCGGCCGAGCCCGCUGAGGGCGAGCGCGGGAAAAGGCGCCCUGAAGCCUCAGGGGAAGCCUGUGCUCCUGUGAGAAUCAAGCAUCUGAUACUGGGGAUGAUUAGAGGAGCUGUCCUGCUCUGCUUGGUGACAAUUACAGGCUCAGGAGUCUGUGCAGAAUGGCAACUGCUCAGAAGCAAAGGAAUUCUGUGAGUGCAGUUGUAUUUCCCAAGAAAAUAGCCACGGAGCAGCAAUCCCUGAUGCUGGUGAAGAGGCUCCUGGCAGUGGCAGUGUCCUGCAUCACCUACCUGAGGGGAAUCUUUCCUGAGAGUGCCUAUGGAACCAGAUACAUGGAUGAUGUCUGUGUCAAAAUUCUGCGUGAAGACAAGAGCUGUCCUGGCUCUACCCAGCUGGUGAAAUGGAUGUUAGGAUGCUAUGAUGCCUUGCAGAAGAAAUACCUGAGACAGAUUGUCCUAGCAGUCUAUACCCAGCCAGAAGAUCCUCAGACAGUCACAGAGUGUUACCACUUCAAGUUCAAGUACACCCAGAAUGGGCCCCUCCUGGAUUUUGGCAGCAAGGACAGGAAGUGUGAGCCCAGCAUCCCCUGUGCAGACACCAAGAGGGCCAGCAUCCUCCUCAUCCGCAAGAUCUUCAUCCUCAUGCAGAACCUGAGCCCUCUGCCCGGCGACGUCUGCCUCACCAUGAAGCUGCUCUACUAUGAUGAGGUUACACCUCCUGAUUACCAACCUCCAGGCUUCAAGGAGGCCAGGGAUGAGGGGCUGUUGUUUAGGGAGGAGCCCAUGUACCUGAAUGUGGGGGAAGUGCCAACAUCUUUCCAUCUGCUCAAACUGAAAAUUACAACUGAGAAACAGCGCAUGGAGAAUGUGGAUAAGAACAUCCUGGAGCAGGAGGAGGCUGCUGAGCCUCUCCAGGAGGAUCCUGUCUUGGAUAAUGAAAUGGAAGAUAAGAAUCAUGUGAAUAUUUCAGAAGCUCAAGAGAAGAGUUCAGCUCAUGCAGAGGAAGCUGGAGGGAUCCAGACUCCCCCCUGUGAUUCUAACCCUCAGGUUGAUCAGUUGACCCGUAAAACAUCUGAGCUGAUUGUGUCAGAGAGCAGGACAAGAAGUGGGAAGAUAUUCCAAAGCUGCAUUGUGCACCAGGCUGAGCUGUGCUCCAGCCAGGAUGUGCUGCCCAAAAGGAGGAAGCUGAGCGAGCCCAAGGAGCAGUUCUAGGUGCUGUGCCGAGUUUUCCACUCCCAGUUGGAUGUUCCACGUGACUGUUGGGUUUUGAGGAUCUUUUCUGCUCCAUUAGCAGUCCUGUGGAAGUGUGUUUUAAGCAAGGAAAAUGUCAGGAAGCCCAGCUGAACAAUUCCAAGCUCACUUAGAUCAGAAAUCCUUGGGUUUGGGGAUUUGUGGGCUGGCCCCAGUUCAGGCACAUCCAGGUCCUGAUGGUGAUGGGAUAAAUUCAUCCCCCAGCACAAGGUUUCACCAGUGCCUGUGGGCUGUGAUUCUGAGCUCACUCAGAGCCUGCCUGCCCCAAAACCUCUCCUGUUUUGGGGUGAUUUCCAGAGCUUUCCAGAGGGCUGGGCUGGCAGUUACAGGCUGUUACAGUUUUGUGGUUGCAGUUUUUGCUUUUCCUACCGGGACAGUUGGAGGAGUUGGAUGCUUUGCAUUUCUUCCAGACCAGAAGCACCACACUCAGGUGAAAAACCAGCUCUCUUCAUGCCUUAAAUUCCAGCUUCCCUGCGUGAAUGCAGGAGUUUGUGAUGCCAGGUAUCCAUGGCAGUGUCUGUCCCGAGGUGUGAGAGCCCUGGGUGUCCUCAGAGCGAGUUCUGGCAGAGGCUGGACACUGCCACGUCCUCCUCCAGCAGCAGCAAUUAACGUUAAUUAACGCGGCUGCCUCGGGAAACGGGAGUGAAGCCCAAUGAACGUUUCCUGACGGGUUUGACUUUUCAAUUAAGAAUGUUCAUCAUCAGUCCUCUGUUAAACGGCUUCACCUUU